AUGAGCAGCACAGAGAGUGUUGUGUUGGAACCGGCGAGCUGUCAUCCCGAAUCGGCCAAGAGCACGAAGAGCUCGCACCUACCGACCAGAGCAUCUCCCAGAGCGGGCUACGGGCACGCGCCGCGCGUGGCGGCCAACGGCGUGCACGACAUCGAGGACCGCAUUUUACGCAUGACGGGCUACUAUGGCUACUACCCAGGAUACUCCAGCCACAGGAGAGAUGAAGGUUCAGACUCCCACAUCGAGACUCCAGCCAGUGAGACGAGCGGCGAAGUCACCGCUUAUCAGACCUGUGCUAACGUAGCUCUGAAGGUCAUAGGCGGCCUGCUGGUGGUGCUGUGUGUGUCCUCGUCCUGGGUGGGCACCACUCAGGUUGUCCAGUGGACUUUUAAGUCCUUCUCUUGCCCUUUCUUCAUCUCCUGGUUUAGCACCAAUUGGAACAUCCUCUUCUUUCCUCUCUACUACUCUGGCCAUGUGGCCAUCACAAGAGAAAAGCAGACGCCCAUUCAGAAAUUCAGGGAGUGCAGUCGAUUGUUUGGGGAAGAAGGAAUGACGCUGAGGCUGUUUCUGAAGAGAACAGCACCUUUCUCCAUCUUAUGGACGCUGACUAAUUAUCUGUAUGUGCUGGCAUUGAGGAAGCUCACAGCCACAGAUGUUUCAGCACUCUACUGUUGCCACAAGGCUUUUGUCUUCCUCCUGUCCUGGAUCGUCCUCAAAGACCGCUUCAUGGGUGUGCGGAUUGUAGCUGCCAUUAUGGCCAUCACAGGUAUUGUCAUGAUGGCCUAUGCUGAUGGUUUCCAUGGAGACUCAAUCAUAGGUGUGGCUUUAGCCGUAGGCUCGGCCUCCACCUCAGCACUCUACAAGGUUCUGUUUAAGAUGUUCCUGGGCAGUGCCAACCUGGGAGAGGUCGCCCACUUCUUCUCCACCAUGGGCUUCUUCAACCUGAUCUUCAUCUCCUGUGUGCCCCUCAUCCUCUACUUCACCAGGGUGGAGCACUGGGGCUCGCUGUCCUCUUUGCCGUGGGGUUACCUGUGCGGUGUGGCUGGCCUGUGGCUGGUAUUCAAUAUCCUGGUAAAUGUAGGUGUGGUUCUCACCUACCCCAUCCUCAUAUCGAUCGGGACCUUACUCAGCGUUCCAGGGAAUGCAGCUAUUGAUGUGCUGAAGCAUGAGGUGAUCUUCAGUGUGGUGCGUCUGGCUGCAACCUGCAUCAUCUGCGUGGGCUUCCUGUUGCUGCUGCUUCCUGAGGAGUGGGACACAGUCACGCUGCGCUUCCUUGCCACACUCGCUGACAAGAAAUCAGAGGAGCACGGAGAGGAGCUCACAGAGUCCAGUGUCAACAUGCGCAGCCGCAGCAGAGCUAACGGUGCCGUCUCGAUCCCCUUGGCAUGA